AUGCUAGAGCUGCUAGAGGGCCAUCUUCUACUCAGUCUGUGUGUCUGUGUGUUGGAGAGUGGGGCCACCGCUGCUGCUAUGGACGAGACAAACACGAGGACCUCGCUGACGAUGGAGGAUUACCAGAAGAUGUUAGCCACCAUCGACAGUACAGCCAAGUGUCCCGUGUGUCUAGAGAGAGUACGCAGCCCUACAACCCUAUGUAACAACGGUCACGCCAUAUGUCGCCAGUGCAAGCAGACGCAGCAACACUGCCCUACUUGCAGGGCACCCUUCUCCCGAAUCAACCCUGUGUUCCUCAACGCCCUCAUGGACCUUCUACCCUCUCAGUGUCGUAACUCCUACAGAGGAUGCACCCUAGUGUUGGACAGAGAGUCGCUCAUCGACCACGAGAGGGAGUGUCGGUUCAGGAUGGAAAAGUGUAAAGUGCGAGGAUGUUCAUGGCAAGAUGAAAUUACUGGACUGCUAGACCACGUGGCCUCAACACACCCCAAGUCUUUCCUUACUUCCCCAGCUGUUGUGAGAGCUCCUGACUUUAUCGUCUCUGAUGAAGAGUACUCAGCCUCUUUGGUAGCUGUAGAGGACUGCCUCUUCUGGGUGCACAUCACCAACAACUUCUACAAGAAGCAGAUCCCCGUGAUCGUCCAGUGGCUACAGCGGGAGUCCAGGGUGUCCAGAGUCCUAUGUGACGUCACUGUGGUCAAGGAUCACUUCAGCUUCUGCUACUCCCAGACUUUAGACUCCGUGGAGCCUGUGGAGCAAGCACUAUGCUCCACCCUCGCCAAGCAGUUCCUCGUUACUCCUAACUCCAUCUUCCCCAACUUCAUCAGUUCCAAGUACGAAGUAGAGAUCAGAUUUGAAAUUCGCCUUGAGUGCGAUAAGUAACGUGUCUUUGUGAGUUGGAAACGAAGGACUUUUAACCAAUUUGAUUUUUUUUUUUACUUUUAUACGUUUUUAUUAUUUAUUUUUGUAAGUAUAGAAAUUAUACUUAU